GAAAGCUCAUGCUCCUGUCGAACCGUUGUCGAUGUCUCUCUAUCUGUACAAUAAAAUGGCAGAAUCCAGUGUUUCUUUGGCUCAGGAUCAGUUCAGCUGUUCAAUCUGUCUGGAUCUACUGAAGGAUCCAGUGACCAUUCCCUGUGGACACAGUUACUGUAUGAACUGUAUUACAGGCUGCUGGGAUCAGGAUGAUCAGAAGGGAGUCUACAGCUGUCCUCAGUGCAGACAGACCUUCACUCCAAGACCUGUUUUCGGUAAAAACACCAUGCUGGCUGAAGUGGUGGAGAAACUCAAGAAGACAAAACUACAAGCUGCUCGUCCUGUUCAAUGUUACACUGAAUCUGGAGAUGUGGAGUGUGAUGUCUGUACUGGGGACAAAAACAAAGCCAUCAAGUUCUGUCUGGUGUGUCUGAAUUCUUACUGUCAAAAUCAUCUGGAACAACAUGAGAGUUUCUUCAAAAAUAAAAAACACAAUCUAAUGGAUGCCACUGGACGACUGCAGGAGAUGAUCUGCCCUCAACAUGAGAAACUGCUGGAGAUUUUCUGUCGUACUGAUCAGAACUGUAUAUGUUAUCUGUGUACAAUGGAUGAACACAAAAACCACGACACUGUAUCAGCUGCAGCAGAGAGGACUGAGAAACAGAGACAGCUGGAGGAAACUCAGAGAAAAUUACAGCAGAGAAUCCAGGAGAAACAGAGGGAGCUUGAGGAUCUGAGAGAGGCUGUGGAGUCUCACAAGCGCUCUGCACAGGCAGCAGUGGAGGACAGUGAGAGGAUCUUUACUGAGCUGAUCCACUCCAUUGAGAGAAGCCGCUCUGAGGUGACACAGCUGAUCAGAGAUCAGGAAAAGGCUGCAGUGAGUCGAGCUGAAGAAAUACUGGAGCAACUGGAGCAGGAGAUUGAUGAUCUGAGGAGGAGAGACACUGAGCUGGAGCAGCUUUCACACACAGAUCAUCACAUCCAUUUCCUCCAGAGUUUCCAGUCUCUCUCUGUCCCUCCUGGAUCUACAGACUCAUCCAGCAUCACUGUCAGUUCUCGUCUCUCUUUUGAUGAAGUUGGUAAAUCUGUGUCUCAUCUGAGAGAGAAACUGGAGCAUUUCUGCAGAGAGGAGAUAGAAAAGAUAUCUGGCAGAGUGAGAAUCAUUAACAUCAUUCCCACCCCUGAACCCAAGACCCAUGAGGAGUUCCUCCAGUAUUCCCGUCGACUCACUUUGGAUCCAAACACAGCGAAUAAAAACUUGGUACUGUCUAAAGGGAACAGAGUGAUUAAAUACACUGACACAGUCCAGCGGUAUCCUGAUCAUCCAGACAGAUUUGAUGGUUGUCGUCAGGUGUUGUGUAGAGAGAGUGUGUGUGGACGCUGUUACUGGGAGGUUGAGUGGAAUGGUGUGGUGGAUAUAUCAGUGUCAUAUAAGAGCAUCAGCAGGAAGGGACAGGGAGAUGAUGAGUGUAGAUUUGGAUGUAAUGAUCAGUCCUGGAGGUUAUACUGCUUUUCCUCCAGUUGUUCAUUCUGGCACAAUAACAAACAGACUGAACUCCCUGUAGUCUCCAGCUCUUGUAGAAUAGGAGUGUAUGUGGAUCACAGUGCAGGAACUCUGUCCUUCUACAGCGUCUCUGACACAAUGACCCUCAUUCACAGAGUCCACACCACAUUCACUCAACCUCUCUAUCCUGGGUUUAAAGUUUUUGGAUCAGUGAAACUUUGUGAGGUAUUAGAAUAGAGGAUACAAACAGUGGAUUGUGCAAAUAAUAUUGACAAACAGCUUUAAGCAAUAUAUCGAUACUACAGCUAAACCUAUGUUAUUACAGUUUUUUACAGACGCUAGGACACAUUUCUCAAUACUUAGGUCACUUUUGCAAAACUCUUCACACAGUGAGCACAACAGAAGUCUAUGUGGGCUAAACUGAGGAUCAAUUAUCAU